AUGGGUCCCGCCUACAUCUUCUCGCUCACCCCGACCUUCACCCAGGGCCUCGUCCUCGGCCAGCUCUCCAUCCUCUGCCUCCUCCUCCUCGUCCUCAAGUACCUCUUUCUCGACCCCGUGUCCAUCCAACCCUACAAGGCAACGUCCUACCAACCGCGCAUCGUCAGGGAGGACGACGACUCCGAGACCAGGCCCGAGGCUGGCGUGAGGGCCGAGGCGGAUGGCACCGCAGGACAGAGCGAGGGCAUGGAGAGCGCGGGGUGGCUGAACGUGUUGCUUCACCAUGUCGUCGACUCGUAUCGCUCAAAGCUGAGAAACGACAGCCCCGGCUCUGAAGGAGACGAGAUCGUCCGGCGGCGCGUAGAAGAGUUUGCGAACAAGAUGCGCCCGCCAGGCUUCCUGGACCCAAUCAAAGUACAUUCCGUGGAUCUUGGUCGCUCCGCACCACGGCUGUACCGUGCGCGCCCCCGAGCGAUGAACGCCCCGCUCUCCGAACCGCAAAUCGAAGUGGACAUGCACUACACCGACACCAUCUCGAUAUCCUUCUCAACGUCCGUGCUGCUGAACUACCCCUUCCCGUCCUUCGCGCGGCUCCCAGUCUCCCUCACGAUCUCCCUGUCCGUCUUCUCCGCGACGGUCCUGCUCACCCCACCCCAGCCCCACGCCGAGCACCCCACGCUGACGAUCACGCUGCCCUCGCCCCAGACCGAGCUCGUCCUCGACCUGAAGACGACCUCGCUCAUGGGCAGCCGCGCCAAGCUCGCGGACGUCCCGAAGCUGCACGAGCUCAUCACCCACCAGAUACGCCGGGUGAUCAUGGAAAAGGGGUCCCUCAAGGUCGUCCUGCCCGGCCUCGCCACCGUGCACGAGGUCGAGGAGGACAUCAAGCGCGAGCACGAGUUCGCGAGGUCAUAG